UUCCCACAUGCACAUUGUAAAAACUGAUCUGAGAUCAUCGUAUGAAAAACCGAAUGGAAACACACAAACCCUCCCGUGACAACAAGGAAACUGAAGUGGAAUACUAACCCUACACCUUGUUCCAGUUCCAGCAACUAAUAAGUAGUCCAAAAUGUUUUACACACAAAGUGUUUUACUCUUCGUGUUACUUAGUGGUUGUUCUGCAAAUGAGAGUACGUUAAACCUAAAACCCGCAUCGAUACCGGUGCGCUUGUUCACCGAGGAGGAAUUGAAAAGAUACGAUGGGAGCGAGGAAGGACAACCAAUUUACAUGGCCAUUAAAGGAGUUGUGUUUGACGUCACAACGGGAAAAGAGUUUUAUGGCAAGGGUGCACCCUAUAAUGCCCUUGUGGGCAAGGAUUCAACCAGAGCUGUGGCCAAAAUGUCCCUUGACUCGGCCGAUCUCACACAUGAUACUACCGGCCUUACAGAGAAACAACUAAAGUCCCUAGAGCAGAUAUUCACAGGCACAUACAAAACAAAGUACCCCAUCGUGGGAUACACCAGCAGACGCAUUCUCAAUGAAGAUGGCAGCCCUAAUAAAGACUUCAAACCUGAAGACCAAUCUAAUUUGAGCAUUAGAGAUGAAUUUUGAUUCUAAGACAGAUUUUAAACUAAGUACAACAGAAAUGUUCUUUAUGAUUAAACAACCCAAUGAUAUAGUGCAAUUCUCAAUCUCUAUCAUAGUUAUUUGUGACACCUCACUGUAAUCUAGGUGGGCAGGUGUUGAUUUUUUUGGUGCCGUAUGGUGGUCUUGCUGCCCACAGUCUUGAAAAAACUAUGACAUACUGUCACACUUGGGUUUUUCCCUGGUGGGCCGGUUUGAAGGUCAUUCAAAUGAGGCCACCUACAGGUGUGAUAUAUGUAUAUAUAUAUUAAAAAAAAAACUUUACUUAACUAUUUCUUUCUUUUUUUAUUGUUGUAAGAAAUUACAUGUUUAAGUUGCAAAAAGUCUACUGUUGUAAACAUGCAUUAGAUCACUUGGUUCCUUUCACUGUACACAAGGGGAAAUUUGGUGAUUCACAUCAGUUACAUUUAGAAAUUGAAAUUGCUUUGUGGUCAGGGGUUUGAUGUUAUAUAUUAAGAAGUUAAGUAUUGAUGUUUGUCAUUCCUCAAUUCAAUAACAUGUUUUACUCGAACACCAUCUCAGUCAUAAUUAUAGUGUUUGUGUCUGUUUUCUAAGAUAUGACCACGAUGACAGAAAUGUUUCACUCCACUCUGAGAGAGAUAUGUUUGUCACGACUUCGCUUGUUGUAUAAUUGUCAUAUUAGUGUAAUAAUAUAUGGAUAUUUUUGGUCUGAAUGGAAUGUACUGUAGUUAAAUUAGACUGUUCUAUGAACUUGAAUUGGACCAUAGUAAUGAUGUGACAACAAGCAUAAAGAAAUAAAUGAUAUGAU